AGGAUGCAACUUGGGCUUUGGCUGGUGACCAGCAGCCUGGCAGCCAUGCUGGGCAUGGUUCUGCUGGAGGACGGAGUGUGUCGGGCACCGGACGGCAGGGACGGCUUCCCAGGAGUCCCUGGCCUCGAUGGGAGGCCAGGGCAGAAGGGUGACAUGGGAGAGCCAGGGAAAUCAAGACAGAAGACGGGAAUCCGGGGAGAAAAAGGGGAUGCAGGUGAGCCGGGGUCUCCUGGUGUCCCAGGGUACCAGGGAUACCAGGGCCCACAUGGCCCCCCCGGGCUCCCAGGACAACCAGGGCCAAAGGGGAACAAGGGGAAAGCUGGAAAUAUCCUGGAGCAGCCACGUCCUGCCUUCUCUGCCUCACGGAGAUCUCCACCGUCCAUGGGCACAACCGUGGUGUUCGACAACAUCAUCACCAACCAGGAGAGCUCCUACAGCUCCCAGACCGGGGAAUUCACCUGCCGUGUCCCCGGGCUCUACUACUUUGCCUACCAGGUGAUUUCCAGUGGAGAUCUCUGCCUGAGCAUCACCAAGAACAGGGAGCAAGUGGUCAGUUUCUGCGAUUCCAACAGCCGCAACCUCCUGCAGGUGAACUCGGGCAGCAGCGUGCUCAGCCUGGCCGUAGGUGACCGGGUCUCUGUGAGCACCAACCCUGCCAGGGGCAGCAUGAUCUACAGUGGCUCUGAGGCAGACAGUGUCUUCAGUGGCUUCAUGCUCUUCCCCCAGAAGGGCUGA